AUGGUUUUCACACCUCCAUCAUGGGUUCCAAAUACGCCAUUGAAUAUCCCAGAUGAUAUACCAAUCAGUCGAUUCAUGCUAAAUGAGAAAUACGGCAGACAACCGUUUAAAUCAUCUCGCAAUCCUUUCACAUGUGGAAUCACAGGAAAAACUUAUACAAUUUUCGAACAGGCCCAGCGGGUUGAGCAUUUAUCAAGAGCUUUAUCGAAAGAAUUAGGAUGGCAACCAAAUACCGGAACAGAAUGGGAUAAAGUAAUGGGAGUAUUCUCACUCAAUACUAUUGAUUUCAUGACAUUGGCAUAUGCUGUUCACGAAUUGGGCGGACUUGUUUCACCUGCAAAUGCUCAAUAUUCUGCUGCCGAGUUAGAAUUUCAGUUGAAGUCUUCUGGGGCCAAAGCACUUUUCACGUGUAUACCAUUACUCGAGACUGCUCUUCAAGCUGCAAAGGGCGCAGGUAUCAAAAAUGAUCAAAUAUAUAUUUUGGAUAUGCCCAAGGUUAUUACUGGAGACAAGAAGGUACCAUUUAAAACUGCGGAUGAUUUAAUUUCUGCAGGAGAAAAGCUUCAAAAAUUGGAGCCAUUGAGAAUGGAGAAGGGACAAGCCGCUCGACAGACAGCAUAUUUAUGUUACUCAAGUGGAACUUCAGGGUUGCCCAAAGGAGUCAUGAUCAGCCACCAAAAUGUCAUGUCGAAUGUCCUACAAAUCAAAGCAUUUGAGCAGAACUAUAGGGAUGAAUGGGAGAAGAGCACAGAAGUAGCCUUAGGUCUUCUUCCUCUAAGCCAUAUUUAUGGCUUAGUUGUCAUAGCCCAGGGUCUAACCGAAACAUCAACCGUAGUUUGCAUGAAUUCCGGAAAAGAUCUCUGGCUUGGAUCUUGUGGCUCAUUACUCCCAGGAGUUCGCGUAAAAUUAGUCAAUCCAGAAGGCGUUGAAGUUACUGGCCUUAACAAGCCAGGUGAACUGGUAGCACAAUCAAAAUCGGUAGUUCUCGGAUAUCUCAACAAUGAAAAGGCAAAUAAAGAGACAUUCCUUCCGGAUACGGAUGGAAAUGGUAGAUGGAUGCGUACGGGAGAUGAGGCUGAAAUUCGCUUGAGUCCAUCAGGAAAUGAACAUGUUUUCAUCGUUGAUAGAAUUAAGGAACUCAUCAAGGUCAAGGGUCUCCAAGUUGCACCUGCUGAGCUCGAAUCUCAUAUUCUAGCUCAUCCUUCGGUCGCCGAUUGUGCAGUCAUUCCUAUCCCUGAUGAUGCAGCUGGUGAAAUACCUAAAGCAUAUGUUGUCAAAUCUACAUCAGUAGGUAUAGAAGAGAAUGAUUUGGUGGUGAAGAAAGAUAUCAUGAAAUGGGUAGAAAGCCAUAAAGCGAGGCAUAAGUGGUUAAAGGGCGGUGUGGAGUUUAUUGAUGUUAUUCCUAAGAGUCCUAGUGGAAAGAUUUUGAGGAGAUUAUUGAGGGAUAAAGAAAAGGAGGCGAGAAGAGCUAAGGGUGCAAAAUUGUGA